CCACAUCAUUCGACGUAUCGUAGCAGCACUCAUCACUCUGUUCUCGGCGUUCCCGGACCACCCCUUCAAUGCAGAUAGACGAGGAUGAGACGCCUGCCAUGGCUGCGCCGGGCUCGGAGGCGCAAUGGCGGGAGCCACCCGUAAUUCGGCGGUUGGAAGAAUCUGUGGUGAACCGAAUCGCUGCGGGGGAAGUGGUGCAGCGACCGGCCUCGGCGGUGAAGGAACUUGUGGAGAACAGCCUCGACGCCGGCGCCACCUCUAUAUCCGUUGUUGUCAAAGAUGGCGGCCUCAAACUUAUCCAGGUCUCCGAUAACGGCCACGGCAUUCGGUAUGAAGACUUGCCCAUAUUAUGCGAAAGGCAUACAACAUCAAAACUUACUUCAUUUGAAGACCUACAAACUAUCAAAUCAAUGGGUUUCAGAGGUGAAGCAUUAGCCAGCAUGACAUAUGUUGGCCAUGUCACUGUGACAACUAUAACUGAUGGCCAGCUACAUGGUUAUAGAGUAUCUUAUAGAGACGGAGUGAUGGAACAUGAGCCCAAGCCUUGUGCUGCAGUGAAAGGGACUCAAAUAAUGGUGGAAAAUUUGUUUUACAACAUGGUUGCUCGUAGAAAAACAUUACAGAAUGCCAGUGAUGAUUAUCCUAAAAUUGUUGACCUUAUAAGUAGGUUUGCAAUUUAUCAUACUAAUGUCAGCUUUACCUGCAGAAAGCAUGGUGCAAGUAAGGCGGAUGUGAGUACUGUAACUUCCGCUUCAAGGCUUGAUUCUAUCAAAAUAGUGUACGGUAUAUCUAUUGCCCGUGAACUGAUGGAGAUAGGCACUUCGGACAGCAAUCCUACUCGAUCAGUCUUUGAGAUGGAUGGUUAUAUUUCCAAUGCCAAUUAUGUGGCUAAGAAGACGACAAUGAUUCUAUUCAUCAAUGACAGGCUGGUGGAAUGCACUCCCCUUAAGAGAGCUAUCGAGGUGGCAUAUUCUGCAACACUGCCAAAGGCAUCCAAGCCUUUCAUUUUUAUGUCUAUCAGGCUCCCGCCUGAGCAUGUAGAUGUUAAUGUACAUCCUACAAAGAGAGAGGUAAGCUUUUUGAAUCAAGAGAGUCUUGUUAACACCAUUCAAGAUGCUGUUGAGUCAAAAUUGAUGUCCUCUAACAAUACAAGAACAUUUCAUACACAGACGUUAACUUCCACUGCAAUGACUCAUAUGGUUGUGAAAAAAGACACCCAGGAGAAUUUCUCUAGUGUGGCGAAAUCUCAAAAAGUUCCAGUUAAUAAGAUGGUUAGAACAGAUUGGCGUGAUCCUUCUGGUAGGAUGCAUGCCUACUUGCAAGAUAAGCCUGGCUCACAAAAUGAAAAAAAUUCUGACCUUGCUUCAGUGAGGAAUGCUAUACGACUGAGAAGGAACCCUAAAGAAGCUUUAGAUUUAACCAGCGUCCAGGAGCUUGUUCGAGAAAUUGAUUCUAAAGUUCAUCCUGGUCUCCAUGACAUUGUAAAAAAUUGCAUAUAUGUGGGGCUUGCUGAUGAAAGUUUUGCAUUACUUCAACACAAUACUCAUCUUUACCUUGUGAAUGUUGUUAAUGUCAGCAAAGAGCUUAUGUAUCAACAAGUCAUACGCAGAUUUGGAAAUUUUAAUGCUAUGCAACUUAGUGAACCAGCCCCUCUUCUGGAGUUAUUGAUGAUGGCGUUGAAAGAUGAAGAUUUGGAUUCUACUGGUGAUGAAAAUGAUGAUUUUAGAAAGAAGAUUGCUGAGAUGAAUACUGAUCUACUAAUGAAAAAGGCUGAGUUGCUCGAUGAGUACUUUUCUAUUCACAUAGAUGAACAACAGAACCUGACAAGGCUUCCUGUUGUACUGGACCAGCACACUCCUGACAUGGACCAUGUUCCAGAGUUCUUGUUGACUUUGGGUAAUGAUGUUAUCUGGACCAGUGAGAAAGACUGCUUCGAAACAAUUGCAGCUGCUAUAGGGAGCUUCUAUGCUAUGCAACCUCCUGUCCUUCCGAAUCCUUCUGGCAAUGGAAUACAAUUUUAUAAGAAUAAUAAAAAGGAUAUAGCCACCAAUGUGGCAAAUGCUUCAACAAUGUCUGAUGAUGUUUCGGAUAGCGAUAUGGACACAGAGUUGCUUGCGGAAGCUGAAACAGCAUGGGCACAACGGGAGUGGACUAUUCAGCAUGCUUUGUUCCCAUCCAUGAGGCUUUUCCUCAAGCCACCAAAUGCAAUGGCCACAAAUGGAACCUUUGUUCAGAUUGCGUCACUCGAUAAGCUCUACAAGAUUUUUGAAAGGUGCUGAGUGCCGAAGUCGGGAUCAAUUUUCUGGAAAGUCAUGUAAAUUGGAGGGAUCUUCCUCAGCAAUUAUUUUGCAUUUAGAUUUUUGUUUUUUUUUAAUUUUUUAAUAGUAAUCCGAGAUGCAGAAAUAGUGAAACAUACCUCCUGCUAACCUCGUGUAAUACAAUGAAGCAUUCUACAUGAUUAGUAGUAGCAAAUAUUGCGGAAAAGAUAGUGGCCAGGUGGCUUGGUAUUUCCUGUCUCAUCGAAAAGUCCCAUGCUAGUUCACCGACCCCAAAAUUUUUUUGCAAAUAUUACUCGCAUGCCUCAGUGAUGAUGUAGGCUUUUGAUUUGCUUCUGAUACAACUUAUGUUUAGAAGUGUAAGAUACAUGACCAAAAUGAGCGGUUAUUUGAUCAGAAAUAAGUAUGAUCAGUCAAAUCCAUUUAAGUGCAUUAGAAGGCUGGAAGUGUAGUACAUUAGCCUUCCAGAAGUUAUGUUCUCUUAUUUACUUUAUCUUUAUGUCCAAAUGUAGUGCUUACAAUUUAAAGCAGUUCAUGUUCUCCAUGGGGUUGCAUAAAUUGUGUCAUGCAAU